AUGGACAGAAAUGAGUGGCACGUCAUCCUUAAAUCGGGCAAAGUCAAUGUAACUGAAACACCGUAUUAUCGAUAUUUGAAACAACGAUCGGAUGAACUCGACCGAAUGCGAGCCGACAUUGCACUUGGGCGUCAUCUUGUUGACAUGGGAGUGUCGAAUCAAAUUGAUAUAUAUUUAAUCGAAUGUCUCAGUAUCAGCACAUGGAAUGAUGGUCGUCAUGAUGAUGACCCUCAACAUUCGUUUAUUUACGAUACACUUGGUCGACUCUACGUUCUUAAAAAACAACCCUAUGAGGCCAUUGCCUAUUUCACAUGGACAUUCAAUCGAUUUCGAGCUGAGCAUCAAGCUGUUGAAGCAAAUGAAGCACUAUAA